CGAAUUUCUAUUUAUAUGAAGUGUUGAAAAAAAUCAGACUCUUUUGUUCUUAAAUUUUGAAAGGAAAUUUGUAAAGAUUUUAGUGAAAUAAAUUCCGCAAAUUUCUAGCAAGUUACAUAAAUAAAAAAAUUUAUGAUUUAUGAUUAUAAAGUAUUGUAAAAUUCAUCGAUUUUAAUUAGAAAAUAAAACGUUGAGGCCAUACACCGUCAAUUGGUAUGUUUCAUGAAACUAGUUGGACGCUUGUGUGUCGUCUAUGGCCGAGUCCCCAAAUAGCUCGAUGCUCUCUGCAGUGACGGAGGAGCAUUCGAAUAAAGGCGAUUCAAUAAUUCAAAAAUAUAAUAAUGAUAAUGUCAGAACUAAACCGAUUCGUAAAACCAGAGGAAAUAUAAUCCUUAAACCCAAAAUUUUAAAAAAUAAUUCAAAAGAAGAGAAAAAUACAGUACAAUCAAAAAAGUUUACAAAAACCAAACAUUUAUUGGAAGCACCUUCAACUUCUGCUUCUAGUCGUAGUAAUAAUAAGCCAAAUACAGGUUUGGCUAAAUUAUCUAAAAAUCAAGUUAAAGUCCCACAAUCACCUAGAAAACGUACAAUAGAAACAGACACAGAAGAUACUGAGGAAGAAAUAAGUACGCGGGAUCGUAAAAGGCGAAACCUAAACAGCUCUGAUAUUUUUGAGCAAACUUCUAGUAUUGCUAAUCGUACAAGAUCACAAACUCAUAGUCCACAAACGAAAUUUAAUCAAAUAAAAACUCUUAUAAGAUCAUCUAAGAAUCGUAUAAAAGAAAGGGUAAACGAACAUACAGAACCUACUAAAAGACACAGGCACACAACGGGAGAAAUUUUACAUUCCACAAGACCAACGAAAUUUCAAAAGCUACCUUCUGAACUGAAUACAUCCCGAUUUUUACGAUCGAAUAAACAAAGAUUUGAAAUAAUACGUGACAAAGAUCGUAUAUCCUCAACUUCUUCCUCUAACUUUGAAUCGCAAUUAGUUGCUCGUAAUAGUAACAUCCUGACUGCAACUGUAGCGUCUGUUCAUAAGAAACGGCAAAAGUUAAACGAUUUAUCGAAAAAUUCAUCCAAUAAAAAAUCGGACCAUUCAAGUACGAAUCUGGGGGCACGUGUGUCUCGUGGUAGUUCUUCUGAUCUACAGGAGCAACCACAAAAUUUGUUGAGACGCAGUUCUCGUGCCAAAAGCUCUACUCAAACAGCAAAUACGGGUUCCUGUGUUAGUUCAACGGCACCAGCGAAUAACAAUUCCUCUCCAUCCAAUACGACUGAUUCUUCUUUAUCACGUGUGGCUCAUCGAUAUAGCAAUAGCAAAAGUGCAACAUCUGAAGGAGCUGCAUCAACAUCCAAAAAUAAUCAGCAAACAUUUGGAGUAGGUUUUGAUCUGUCGGCUGGUGCUGGUCCAUCAACAUCUAAACAACCAUCAGUUGGAAUAACGUCAAGUAAUAGUAAUAUUUUUCAAGAACAAAUACCAUCAAUCAACCCGUUUUCAAAAUUGCAAAAAACGUCUUUGAGUUCAGGUGGAAUACAAGGCAAUUCUCAACAAUCUACAACAUUUGGAUAUUUAUCUACUAGUAAUAUGGAAACAUCUGGAGGACAACUUCAUGACUCUGAAAGCGAUGAUAGUGAAGUUAAUCGUCUUCAAGCAUUAUUAGAAGCUAGAGGGCUGCCACCUCAUUUGUUUGGUGCUUUGGGACCACGUAUGCAUCACUUAUUGCAUCGUAGUAUGGGUGCUAGUUCAACAAGUAAAGCACAGAUAUUAUUACAAGGUUUACAAAGCAAUGAUGAGAGUCAACAACUUCAAGCUGCUAUUGAAAUGUGCCAAAUGCUGGUAAUGGGUAAUGAGGACACGUUGGCUGGUUUUCCUAUAAAGCAGGUUGUUCCAUCAUUAAUAAUUCUCCUAAGAAUGGAACAUAAUUUUGAUAUUAUGAUAAAUGCCUGUCGAGCUCUUGCCUAUAUGCUUGAAGCACUUCCUCGAUCAUCCGCAACUGUU